AUGUUCACCUUUAUAUUCAUGUGUAUGUGGAUUUCACUAGGUGACUCUACAACAGAUCCAAUCAAGCCACUUGAUCCACAUAAAAGUGUAACUGAAGGUGAUACUGUUACUCUGUCCUGCAGCUACAAAGACUUCAGUGGAAAUGUUAACAAUCUGCAGUGGUAUCGUCAAUAUCCAAAAUCUAAACCAGAGUUCCUUCUUUCCACCGUUCCCUUUGGAGAUCCAAGUAAAAACAUCUCAUUACGUUUGUCUGCUAAAGGUAAUCAGGAUAUGAAACAAGUGGAUCUGAACAUCUCCUCUGCUGCAGUAUCAGACUCUGCAAUAUAUUACUGUGCUCUGGUGCCCACAGUGACAGGAAACCCAGCUGCACUGUACAAAAACUUCAACACAGAUGUUUUGGCAGAUCCACUACUUAACUCGAUGUUCAUUUUUUUUUAUACCUCUGCACAGACUAUUACUUCAGUUUCUACCACUGAAAAUGUCUUGGAGGGCAACUCUGUUACUUUAUCCUGUAAUUACAGUGGAUCUGGAGGUGAUGAGCUGCUGUGGUAUCGUCAGUACUCCACAUUCAGACCAGAGUUCAUUAUUCUGGUUGCUGACUAUCAAAAAGAAGCUCCAGGUAUUAGGAUGCCUGUGGUAGCUGGUGAAUUUACCCCGGGUUCCCGGCGAAGUAGGCAUUACAGAGCUUAG